CAUGUAUAAAUACUUGUUAUUUGUCUGUCUAUCUGUUCACUUGUAACUACCUUUCAAGCUCAAGAAUAUACUGUUCUACUCGUCGGUAAGUCCGCUUCACUGACUUGUAUCCGUGGUUUCAUUUUGAAAGAAAUACCGCUCACUUCCCAUCAAGUGAUUCGUUUCCCUAUCUGCAUGUCUAUCUUGGACAUAUGCGAGCCCUUUCCAGCCGAGUGCUACCCAAGCAUAUUCGACUUACUCCGUCCAACCAACUUCCCAAUGCAUUCAAGUUUAACGACCGAUGACACGGCACUUUUCGACGAGGUCAACGUCUCCCAUACGCGACACAUGCUUCAUCGAGAUAUCGAUGAACUUGAGCGUUUAAACAGUGGUGUUGAGUUGUUGAACGCAGAGAUGUCUCGGAUCCAGACUCUUAUAGCACGGUUCGACGAAAGGAGGAGUCAUCUACAGAACAACAUCUUCGUUCGUAAGGCCAAAAUUCACCCUCUGCGUACGUACCCUGUCGAGUUACUCCAAGAAAUAUUCAAACACUGUCUCCCCGAGGACCGAUCCAUCAGACCCAACGCUCGUACAGCACCCCUGCUUCUUGGACAAGUCUGCCGCAGGUGGAGGGCGAUUUCGUAUGCUACCUCUGAGCUUUGGGCAGGUGUCGCAUUGGAGGAUCCAGGAUACUGGAUAUCGGCGCUCGAGAUCUCUAUGACCCAAGCAUGGUUGAAUCGCUCCAAAAACCGGCCAUUGACGGUCAAGAUACACAGUUAUAGCAAAUCAGGUCAUGCCAUUGGCUAUGCGUCUCCGUUGAUGUCAUUAUUGAUGUCCCACGAAUCGCACCUCGGUCACCUUUCCUUGACAGGCCAAUGGGACUAUUUGUCGAGCCUCCUCCGCUACUCGAAUUCCCUUCCCAUGCUACAAUCGCUCAUCCUGAAUCUCACGGUGGAUCGUCCUGGCUCGUUCAUCGUUGGCCUGUCACAGUUUGCAACCAGCUCUCUGCCGCUCUUCCCUC